AAUCGAUCGAUGCAAAUAAGUAAGUUUUUUUUUGCUUAAAUGCAAAUAAGUAAGUUUUCUUCAACAAUUUUUUGAUAAUUAAAUAAGGUUAGUUGAAUUUUCAAUUACUAAUUUAUGCCGUUAGAAAAAAGUUAGAUUUUUUUCACACUCUCUCUUUCUCUCUACAAGAAUAUCUUUAUCAAAUUUAUUUAUAGAAAAUCACAUGACUAGUGCAAAAAAUAUUAUAUUCCCUAUAUAAACGGCCACUUAAUCAUCUUCACAUUAAAAAAAAAUUCAGCAACAAAAGGAAAAUUAAGAAUGAGAGGAAAAUAUCUUUCUUUACUAGUGCUUGUCUUAGCCUCCAGUGAGGUUCUUGCCAUGUCCAACUCUUCAAUACCUAAACUAAGAAGAAGUGAUUUUCCAGAAGAUUUCAUUUUUGGGUCUGCAACCUCUGCUUACCAGGUUGAAGGAGCUGCUCAUGAAGAUGGUAGAGGACCAAGUAUCUGGGAUACUUUCUCUGAAAAAUACCCAGAGAAGAUAAAGGAUGGUAGCAAUGGUUCUGUUGCAGAUAACUCUUACCAUCUUUACAAGGAAGAUGUGGCUUUAUUGCAUCAAAUUGGCUUCAAUGCUUACAGAUUCUCUAUCUCGUGGUCGAGGAUUUUGCCUCAUGGGAAUUUGAAAGGAGGAAUCAACCAGGCUGGUAUUGACUAUUACAACAACAUAAUCAAUGAGCUUUUAUCCAAAGGAAUUAAGCCUUUUGCCACCAUAUUCCACUGGGACACACCACAAGGCCUUGAAGAUGCUUACGGUGGAUUCCGUGGCGCAGAAAUUGUAAACGAUUUCCGUGAUUAUGCGGAUAUUUGUUUUAAGAACUUUGGAGACAGAGUGAAGCAUUGGAUGACGCUGAACGAGCCACUAACAGUGGUGCAACAAGGGUACGUUGCAGGUGUGAUGGCUCCAGGAAGAUGCUCCAAAUUCACAAACCCUAAUUGCACCGCCGGAGAUGGAGCCAUCGAACCUUAUAUCGUCGGUCACAACCUCAUCCUUGCUCACGGAGCCGCCGUCAAAGUCUACAGAGAAAAAUACAAGGCAUCUCAAAAAGGUCAAGUUGGUAUUGCUUUGAACGCGGCUUGGAACUUGCCCUAUACAGAAUCAGCCGAAGAUAGGUCAGCUGCGGCACGAGCCAUGGCCUUCACAUUUGACUACUUUAUAGAGCCACUUGUAACUGGUAAAUACCCAGUCGACAUGGUCAACAACGUAAAAGGCGGUCGUUUGCCUAUAUUUACUGCACAACAGUCUAAGAUGCUUAAGGGCUCAUAUGAUUUCAUUGGCAUCAAUUAUUACUCUUCCACUUACGCAAAGGAUGUCCCAUGUUCCACCGAACAGGUUACAAUGUUCUCCGAUCCUUGUGCCAGCGUCACAGGCGAAAGAGAAGGAGUUCCCAUUGGUCCAAAGGCAGCAUCAGAUUGGCUUUUGGUAUAUCCAAAGGGAAUUCGUGAUCUUGUCCUCUAUGCAAAAUACAAGUUCAAAGAUCCCGUCAUGUACAUAACUGAAAACGGGAGAGAUGAAUUUAGCACAGAUAAAAUAUUCCUUAAAGACGGCGAUAGAAUCGAUUACUACGCUCGACAUCUUGAGAUGGUUCAAGACGCUAUCUCGGUCGGAGCCAAUGUGAAGGGAUUUUUUGCGUGGUCGUUGUUGGACAACUUCGAAUGGGCAGUGGGAUACACCGUCCGGUUUGGGCUGGUUUACGUGGAUUUCAAAGAUGGAUGUAAGAGAUACCCGAAAAAAUCGGCUGAUUGGUUCACAGAGUUCUUAAAUCCAAAGAAAAGCAAUUGAUGGACACUGCUUUGAAACAUUCCGUUUAAUUUCUCCGUACGUUAUUAUUAUUUUCUCUGUUGGAAACAAUGAGGAAUGGUUUUAAGCUUUCAGUUAUUCUACAACGAACCCGAUUGGGUUUUCUAAUAAUAUAACGUGAUUGAUUAUACUCUA